CUAUGAGAGAGGCUGCGCGAGCGCAGAUCAAAUAACCGCCAAGACCAGACGCAGUGUUGUGACCAUCAUUUAAAUUAUUAAACAAACGUGAAAGAGAAAUAGAUCAGUGACGUAAUCUAGGUGUUGGUUUACGAAUAAAAAUGUGGGUGCACACUUUACUUGUUUCCAUAGGCGUGGUUUCUAUAGCAGCGAUAAAAAUACCGUUACAGCCAUUAGAAAAUACACAUACAAUAACCAAAAGGGUACCGAUCCGUGAGGAGCAGAUACAGUCUCUACCGAUUUACUAUGUAUCAGAUGAUAAUGUCGAUAGUUAUCUGAUUCCACCCGAUCCACAUAAACCUGAAGAAGUAAUCCGUGACGCAGUCCCUACUCCUGCCACAUACUUACUACCGCCAUCACCAGACAAACAAAACGAAUAUUUUGCUAAUCCUGCAGAACCUGGAGAGCAGACUGAAUGGUAUCCUAUCGCUGCAACUAAUGCAAAGCAACAGGAUGCACCACUUACUCCGCAAGAUAUACAGCUCAAUCCAAACGAAGCGAGAGCUAAUCUGAGAACAGGCAAAAUACUUCACAGAGGUCAAGUUAUAACAGUACCAUCAAGAAAUCUAUUACCACCAAUAGAAAAUGCUCAAGAUGAUUAUGUAAUUAUAUCCCCUUCUGCUGAACUAGAAUUGCCAUUAGAGGAAAUAGAUCACACUCAGAACCAAAAAGUAAACAUAAAAUUACCAAUUUUAAGACCACCUUUAAAGAAACCACAUCCUGUGUUUAGAAUAAGUCCAGAACCUCUCCCUGUGGCAUAUAUAACACCACCAGGAAAUCCUCAGGAAUAUAAGAAUCCGACAAGGCUAUACCCCAAAAAGUACAUCAACGAAUUCAAGCCGAUACCUAUACCGAUAUCUCAAUACCAAGAGGAAUCUGAAGAUGACAUAUCUACCAUUAAUCCUCAAUCUGAAGAUAUACAUCAUAAUAGUGAACAUUUGACUCCGACAAAAGAAAAGCAGAAUUAUUUCUACGAAGAAACCCAGAAGAAACGAAAGCAACAAAAAGAGGCUGCGAAACCGGCAGCUGCAUCUGGUGACACAUACGAAGAAGAGAACAAUACAGAACAAGACGUUUCAGAAUCCAACCACAGACAUCAUGGAAAUCACAUACAUCCUACUCAUCCAAGAAAAGAACAGCGCAAGCAUAAAUCUGAACCCAAGUCUAAAGGAGAACGUACCGAAUUUAGGAUGCACGGAAUGAAAGGACCACAUAGCUAUCAGUUUGGCUACGAUACUGGAAAAGGUAAAAACCGCCAGUUCCGGUACGAAGAGCGAGACAACGAUGGCCACGUAAGGGGACAUUAUGGAUACGUGGACAAGUUUGGAAAGCUCCGCGUUGUCAACUACGACGCGGACCCUGAACUUGGUUUUCGGGCGGAAGCUCCCGUGGUGACGGACUGAAAUUAAUGUAGGCAGUCUUACAUAUACAGUUUAUACAUAUAAUCGAUUUGGUGUGCGGCUACAUUAAGGUUAACGUCAAUGCCCAAUAACACCAUAAUCAACGCGUUAAACUGAGUGGCCACACUUAAACGGUUAACGUCUAAUGCAAAUUGAAUUUGGGUUAAAAUCGUCUACGCCAAACGGCAUUGUGAAUGCCGUUGUACGUUGAUCGUGGCUACAUCUACGUUUAGCGCGAAACGCCGUUGGACAUCGCGUUGUUGGCCAUUAAUGUGGCUGGAACGAUAAACCGCCUCACACUCCCACACAACUAUGGCGACUGGUGUUGGAUAUAGAAACAUUGGUGUUAUGUGAUUCGUUUUGAUUGUUUAAACCAAUCCCUAAAGUAAAUUGUAAAGGCAGGGCUAUUAUUUUUAAGAACGUUGAACAUUAUUCUCUAAAUUAUUAUUUUUAGAUCUGUAAUUUUAAUUCAGUUUAAUGAUUGUGUAGCUAUAACUGAAUUUUUAUUCACAAAACACGCUGGAAAUUGCUGCACAUUCAAUGCCACAAACGAUUAAUAAAUCCUCAGAACAAGCAUAAAGCUACACAAACAUUACUGUUCUGUUGUGGAGUGUUGAAAGUAAUCUAGUACGAAGAUCGUCCAGGGUCUAAGUGCGCGCCAAGACUGCAUUGUGCACGUCUUCUAUCUAAGUAAGUAAAAUGUAGGUACGACUCCGAGCACCUUCCUUCGCGUCACAACACUCCACAACACAGUAAUGUGUUUGCGCGUUAAGUAUAUUUAAGUCGUACAUUACUUAAACAUAAGGUUUGUAUAGUAUUCUUACAUUAUUAUUUUUCAGGCAAUAAAAUACAAAUGAGCAUUAACUUAAAAUUAAGCAAUAAUAUAAUAACUAA